AUGCAUGAAGAGUAUGCUCUUUUCAAGAUUCUAGUGGUAGGAAGCAGCGGUGUGGGGAAAACGUGUCUGCUGCUGCGGUACACAGACAGCAUUUACAAGGAGACAUAUGGCACAACCAUUGGAGUAGAUUUUAAAAUGAAAAAUAUUGAAAUAGAUGGAAAGAUGGUUAAGCUGCAGCUGUGGGACACUGCGGGCCAAGAGAGAUUCAGAACUAUCACAUCAAGCUACUACAGAAACGCAAACGGAAUACUGCUGGUCUUUGACAUCACUGAUGCCGACAGUUUUAACGAUCUAAAAGGGUGGAUUAGCGAGAUAAGAAACAACAUCAGCAGCACCAUAGUUAUAUCUGUGCUGUGCAACAAGAUCGACUCAGAAAAAAACACGGUAACAGACGAAGAAAUGGACAACUUCGUAUCAAAGUAUAAAACAGACACACUGCGCAUAAUCGGAUACACCAAAGUGUCUGCCAAAACAGGAGAAGGCGUGUCCGAGGCCUUCAAAGAAAUAGCUGAGCACAUAAUGAAGGAGUCUCCCCCUGAAAAAAGAAAAGAAAGAGUGAAUAUAGAAAGUGAUGAAAGUGUACAGGGAUGGUGUUGCAUAGGAUAA